UGUUCAGGCGUGGUGUGAGGAAAACUUGACCGAUUUCAUUUCGAAGAAUGAAUGGCCUCCGUCGUCUCCGGAUCUGAAUCCACUGGAUUAUUUCGUGUGGGGAUACAUGAUGUCGAAGCUGAACGACUAUAAAAUAACAAAUUUGGAGCAAUUCAAGCGAGUUAUCACGAAAAUCUGGGACGAGAUGCCGAUGGAGCACGUGCGCGCCGCUUGCGACGACUUUCCGAGACGUCUGAAGCUGGUUCGAUCAGAAAAAGGUGGUGUAAUUCCGAGAUAUCGUCUGUGAAGUAUCUUUAUGAGUUACUGAAUAAAGCUAUGAAAGCCAGAUUCAGAUGUUCUUCUUAUUCUUUGAAAUAUUGAGAUUUUCCUGUGUGACCGGACUUUUUUGUCACCCUGUAAGCAUUCCCUUUCGAACAAAAGUACCUUCUACUAUGAUAAGAAAUGAUGGCCCUAAUACGUUUAAAAAUUUCCAUAGAAACGCUACAAAACCGUGGCAUUCAACGUGUUAAACAGUAUAAAAUGAAUGAUCUGCAACUAAUUAUCCCACGAUUACAGGUAAUAAAACUACUGUACGCCUACUCCCCGCAAACCACACUGGACACAUUCCGAGAUAUUUACCUUUUCACCGAACGCAUGGAUUCCAACCUGAGCAACGUUAUCGGCAACCGAUUGGACCACGAGCGGUUGUCGUUCCUGGUGUACCAGAUGCUCUGUGGAAUAAAGUAUCUCCAUUCGGCGGGCAUCAUCCAUCGGGACCUCAAACCAACAAACAUCGUUGUACGGGCAGACUGUUCGCUUAAGAUUCUGGAUUUUGGACUCGCUCGCAGUGUUGGUACCAACUUCAUGAUGACCCAGUACGUGGUAACCCGUUACUAUCGAGCGCCGGAAGUUAUCCUCAACAUGGACUACGAUACCAAGGUUGAUAUUUGGGCAAUCGGCUGCAUAAUGGCGGAAUUGAUCACCGGUCAGGUGCUGUUUCCCGGCACUGAUCAUGUGGAUCAGUGGAACAAGAUAAUCGCAACACUUGGAACACCAUCCGCGCAGCUUAUUGCUCGAACAAAUCAUUCCGCCCGGAGAUACAUAGAAACGCUUCCAGUCCAUCCAAAGCCCCCGUUCGAGCAACUGUUUCCGGAGUCAGCGUUUUUGGUUUCAGAGGGAUCCAGUUCGGCUGUGUUGAACAACUCCAGCGCUCGAAAUAUGCUGGAACGGAUGCUGGAGAUUGAUCCGUACGAGCGGAUAUCGGUUGUGGAAGCCCUUGACCACCCGUACGUGAAUAUGUGGUUCCAGGAGGAUGAAGUUAACCGGCCGGCACCGGUGCCCUACGACCAUGCUUUGGAUGAGCAGGAGCUAAGUAUUGACGAGUGGAAGGCUUUGCUGUUCCGAGAGAUUCAGGAGAUUCAAAGACAAACUUUGGGCAUGGUGACCGACAACUGAAACGCGCUUUUUUAUCGAACAAGACCUAGCUGUAAGUAGAGCGAUAUUCUAAAUGUUCAGUCUUCCAUGUUUUCAAAUACGAUCUAUAAGUACAAAUAGGCUAGGAAAUAAUAGUUAUUGCAUGAUU